AUGACAGAGGAGAAGAAGUCCAAAAACUCUAAGGGGAAAAAGAAAGCUGGAAAGCAGGCGGAGGAACAAUCUCAAUUGAAUUUUAAGGAAAUAGAAAAAGCCGUCACCGGAGUGCAAGAUUGGGAUUCCGGCGAAAGUGGGAGCUCCGACUUCGAGCCGGUGGUUUCGGAUGGGUAUGACUCACUGACUGAUACAGGAUCAGAAUCUGUCCAGCUCACGGAAUCUGAGAAUGAGGGUGACGGUGUUCGUGAUUCCGCAUACGAUGUCUCUUCUGAGACUGAUUCUUCUGAAGAUGAGGUAGCUCCUCAAAAUACUGUUGGAUAUGAUGCUCCUGAGGAGAGUGAUUCUGAGGAUGAUGAUGCUCCUGAGGAGAGUGAUUCCUCUGAAGAUGAGGUACCUCCUCGAAAUACCGUUGGAGAUAUUCCUUUUGAAUGGUAUAGAGAAGAAGAGCACGCUGGAUAUGAUCCCUCCGGAAAGAAGAUCAAAAAGAAGGAAAGGGAGAAUAAACUUGACAAGUAUCUUGAAAUGAUUGAUAAUGCAAAGAACUGGCGUCGGAUCUAUAAUGAACGUGAUGAUGAAGUUGUGGAGCUGACAAAAGAAGAGACUAAGAUGAUACGUAAAAUACUCAAAGGAAUGGCACCACACCCGGAAUUUGAUCCAUAUCAGGACUCUGUUGAUUGGGUUAAGGUAGAUAAAGCUGAGCAUCCAUUCCCAGAUGCACCGGAACCAAAGAGACGUUUUAUUCCUUCGAAGUGGGAGAGCAAAAUGGUGGUGCGCUUGGUACGUGGAAUUCGAAAAGGAUUAAUAAAAGUUGAUGAUAAGCCCAAAGAGGAGGAUCGAGUAUAUCUUUUAUGGAGUGAUGAUCCUAACUCAACUGAUAGACACCAUAUUCCAGCACCAAAACCUAAGUUGCCUGGACACGAGGAAUCUUACAAUCCUUCUUUGGAAUAUAUUCCGACCGAAGAAGAGAUAAAAUCUUAUGACCUCAUGUAUGAAGAAGACCGGCCCAAAUUUAUUCCUAAAAGGUUCACAUCCAUAAGAAGUGUUCCUGCUUAUGAUAAAGCUGUUAGAGAAACAUUUGAUCGAUGCUUAGAUCUUUACCUGUGCCCAAGGACCCAUAAGAAACGUAUUAACAUUGAUCCUGAAUCCUUGAAACCCAAACUGCCCAGCCGCAAAGAUCUUAAACCCUAUCCAUCGAAAUGUUAUCUUGAGUAUAAAGGCCAUAAGGGCCCUGUGGUAUCAAUAUCAACAGAUUCUACUGGCCAAUGGAUUGCUUCUGGUUCUAAGGAUGGAACGGUUCGUAUCUGGGAGGUGGAUACUGGAAGAUGUCUUCGAGUGUGGGAGUUGGGGGAAGCUGUGCAGCAUGUUGCAUGGAACCCUUCACCUGAGCUUUCAAUUUUGGCUGCCACAGUGGGGCAAGAUGUAUUUCUCCUGAAAACUGGAUUUGGUACCGAAGAAGAACAGAAAAGGGUUGAUGACCUUCUGCAGUUUCAAUCACAAACAAUUCCAGAUGCAUCAGGUGGCAGUGAGAACAUUGUGAAAUGGUCUCAGGAUGAUAUUCAUGGUGGAAUUAGAUUGAACCACUUUAAGACUGUGUCUUCUGUUGAAUGGCAUCGUAAAGGAGACUAUUUUUCCACUCUUAUGCCACAUGAUAUCCUUUUUUCAAUCUUAUAUUGGUUCUUGUUUUGGUUAUUAUUUUCUGCAACGAAACUUGUUAAGAAGCUUGAGACUGGACUACGUGAAGUCUCCUCGAUUGCUAUUCAUGCUGGUGGUGACAAUGUCAUUGUGGGUAGCAAAGAUGGAAAAUUAUGUUGGUUUGACAUGGACCUCUCGUCUCAACCUUAUAAAGUUCUCAACUGUCAUAAAAAGGAUAUCAACAAGGUGGCCUUUCACCGUUCUUACCCUCUCUUUGCUUCGUGUUCGGAUGACUGCACAGCAUACAUCUUCCACGGCAUGGUAUAUUCUGAUUUGAAUCAAAACCCAUUGAUUGUACCUUUGGAGAUUCUGCGAGGGCAUGCGAGCCUCAAUGGAAGAGGAGGAGUUUUGGACUGCAAGUUCCAUCCCAGGCAACCGUGGUUGUUUACGGCAGGAGAUGAUUCUGUGAUCAAGCUCUAUUGUCAUUAG